UAUAUCGUACGCUUGUUACAUAGCUUCAAACAAAAAGUGCUCCCAUUUUUAACUGGCUUUAAAGCAGGCAUAGAUAUUUAGUAUUAAAUAAUAUACAAAUAUUAUUAAAUAUGGAUCUUAAAUUUGUCCUUUGGAGCCUUCUCAUAUGCAAUGUUCACUCGAUUUCGAACUCAACGGAUCGUUGCUCUCCGGAGUACUGCAACUUCGCCGGUGAAUGUACACUAGUAAACAGGAAACCAAAUUGCACCUGCUAUGACGAGGCCUUUCAAGGCAAAUAUUGUGAAAAAGUCAAGGAUCUGUGCGCAACGUCCAAAAAUACAUGCACGGGCACACAGAUUUGUGUGCCCUAUGUGGGUCAAAUAGUUUGCGUUUGUCGGCCUGAAAUUAGAUCACAGGAUUGCGAUCUCGCCAAGCCUCUGUGCAGCUACAAUGUGCAGGUGAACUAUGGAGUGGAGGAGCCAAUUGUUCUGAGCUUUGCAUAUCACAGCCCCGAGCCCUUGCGAAUAAUAGUAUCUUCAGAAAACAAUUUAAUUGCCCGCUCACGAUCACCUAUGAAAGGUCAAUAUACGCGCAACCUGACCGCCACUCUACAUGAAUUGGGUAUAAGACGACAUAUCAAGCCACCGUACGACGAUGCUUUCUAUUACGUAUUUAAAACAAAGCACACCAUUCCGGGCGCCAAUCUAUUGAAUGUGACUAUCGAGUCGAAAAGCAGAAAUAAGAUGGACUAUAGUAUGAUAUCCCUAUCGCUACCCGUACAUGUAAGGACAAAUUUCUGCAUACCUCGCGUUGUGUUCCAACACUGCAUGGAUCCACAUAAUCCCAGGAAAGUUGAUUCCGAACAAUUUUGCAACUUGCAAGCAAUCAUGGAGGAUCGGUGCUUGCAUUCCAAACCCAUUCUGCAGGUCCAGUGGGCAGUUUACAAGUACGAGGAACACACUGACACCUAUAUGCUAAAGGAAGAUGAUCAGUUGUUGUUUAAGAUACCGCACUAUUUCUUGUGGAGACCAUCUCUUCUGCGUUCCUAUCCCGAUCUCUUAGUUGAGGUGCAGCUUUCAGUCAAGGAGCAGGGCGGGCCCUGGGUAUUCACCAAAUGUUAUCUAAAUGUGACGGCGCGGAAUGUGGUUGCUAAAAUAGCCGGCGGUGAUUAUAGAGAAGUCAGUACCAGUAGCCCAUGGCUGACGCUUGAUGGCUCUAGCAGUAUUGAGCCCGGACAGAAUAUAAACCAUACUCAGGAGCUAACAUAUACCUGGAGCGUGGAAUUCCAUGGGGAAGAUGAAGAGGUAUAUCUAUCCAAAGAUAGUCCCGAACCAAAUUUAACAAUUUCGAUGUCAGUUCUGAAAACUAAAAUAAGUACAAUUACCUUGCAAGUUACAAACAAAUUUGUAAAAGUGCGCACCGCCAAAGCUAAACAGGUUAUUGUAUUAAUCGACAAUAGAGAACCAUUCCAUUUAGAAAUAGAAUGUCUCAGGAAUUGCAAAGGCAAUUUUGUUGCUGCCGAUCAAGUGAUACACUUGCGUUCUGUAUGCACCACUUGCCUGCCACCUAUUUCGAACACCUGGUAUCUGAGUGCUCUGACUCAUCCGGUGCACAAUAAAAGACACUUGAUAAUGCGCGUAGACAAUGAUAUGCUUGUCGGCGACAAACUAACUGUUGAAGUGAUAGUCAAGGAUAACGGUGGCAACGUCGGGAAUACAGGCAUGAGACUCAAAAGGUCGUACCCACCACGAGGCGGCAUAUGCAAAAUUGAGCCAAAAGUCGGCAAGGAAUGCACCACCAAGUUCCAUAUAUCUUGCCUAAAUUUUACUACACAGAUUGAAGAGCCGCUCCUGUAUACCUUUAAAAUGGGCAACUUGUAUGUCGAAAGAACCAAUUCGCCAGAAACGUUUCUUUACCUAAAUAGGGAAGGUACACUGACUGCUCACAUAUGUAGCUACCAUUUCGGUUGCACAGUUGUCGAUUUACCCGUUGUGAUUGACGACUCAAACUCCAAUAAUGUGCCCGACUUGAAUGUAAUGUUGGCGGAGGGACGUAGGCAGCAGGCGUUCUGCUUCAUGCAACUGGUUUCCCAUAAACCAGAAAAUAUGAUCCAUUUCGUGGAUGCAGAUAUCAGCUGGGGAGAUAAGGAUUCGGCUACAAUCUUGGAAAUGGUGAACACUCUUGAGAUUGCGGAAAAUUGCAUUUCAGCUUUGAAGUCAUUAAAGAACCCUGAAGUUCGAGUUGUUUCUCAUACUAUGCGCAAAGUGGCAUAUAUUUUUGAUUUUGUUAGCACGGAUACCGAAGCACUCGAUUUGACUGAGGCCAUUUGGUUUGAUAUGGUCAAGAGUUUAACCCACAUGAUUACAUUUUGCAUGAUCCCUGAUUUGGAAAUCUUGAAACUAAAUUCGUUUCUCUUGGUGCCUAAUACUAAGGAUAAAGAAGUCUAUAUCGAUUGGAUGGACUUUAAUCACCAUGUUGCCAUGCGAAUGAAUCACAUUGUUUCAAUUGUAAAGGGGAUCUUUAUAUUGUGGCGUAAUAUUGGACAGCACUUGGCUCAAUUCAUUCAACCGGGAGAAACUUUAAAUUAUAUCCUAAAUGAUGUUAGCUUCAAAGCCGAAAUGUUUGAUAAAUUUACGCCGAUCCAAUUUAUAUCAAACGGCACAAAUUGUUAUAUAAAAUCACCUUUGAAAACAACUGCAUUCCUCCGCAAGCUGCUUAACACUAAUAGUCUACUAAUUUAUAGUUGGUGCCUCAAGUCCGAUGUAUUGUGGUGGGUGCCAGGGAUAAGUCCACCGAAUUCCGCCUCUAUGGCCAUCAAUAUUUUUGGCCGUAAUAUGCAUACCAACGACUUAACAGCAUUGCCAAAUGAUUUCGCUUCGUAUAGUAUAGGCUUGAGACGCCAUUUGAACACCACAAAUUAUUAUUACCAGGACUCGAAUGAGGUUCUUUACCAUGCGAUAAUUUAUUCAGUAAAACUACAGAGUAAGGCGAAUCUGGUAGUCCAACUUUGGCAAACUUCAGUAGAUUUUCGGGUACUAAUUACAAUGCAUGUUAAACCGGUGCUGCGCAACAUUUACGAUAAAAGUUACUACGUGCCAAAAGGCUCUCUCAAGAAGACAAUUAUUUUGAAUAAUCUUUGCCCGCAGGAGAAUACAGCCUACAUUGCGAUAUAUAGGGCUGAGCCCAAUGCUUUAGAGCCAGCUAACUUCACAGUGCGCAUUCGUUCACAGCAGUGCAACGUAUUCGAUUUGUCCAAAGAUAACCCGACUUGGCAGAAAUUUGAUUGCAGUCUCAAGACCAUAACACGGAAUCGUAGCUUCUCGCAGUGCCAUGUGCACUAUCUAUCCGUCUUUUCCGCCACGGCGUAUAAGGUCGAGCCAUUUGAGAUCCAACAAAUUGCCAAUGAGAUAUUCGUUCCCCCCGUUUGCAGCCUUGCCGUGAUAUUUUUCUGUUCAAUGAUUUUAGGAGUUGUGGCCCUAUUGUUGUUGGCCACUCUACGAGCACGCUACAGGAGAAAGAAUUUAAUUCGAGUCAUGAAAUCCAGACAAGAUGAGGUAGACCCAAGUGCAGAGAAUGUCAUUGUGCAUUUGCGGACGGGCGGUGGCCUAUUAAGCUUUACAACAGCGAAUGUUACACUCGAAUUUGUAUCUGACCUAGGACGCUACAAAGUUGUUAUAUAUCAGAAUCCUGUAAAUCCGCAUUUGGGAUUAGGCACUUCGCGUAUGAUAAGGCUGAGUGACAGAAAGGUCCAAUUGCCCUGUCGAUUGACAAUUAGUCACGAUCUCUCCGGUAGAUAUCCGUCGUGGUACUGUCGAUCCAUUCAAGUGGAUGAUUUGCGGAACGAUCUAAGCUACACAUUCCCGUUACAUUGCUGGAUACGACAUGAUCAAAAGGUAAUAGUCUCAUGCUAUCCGAUGGAAAAGAAAAAGAUUAUUCAUAAAUUGCAUAAGAUAAAGCCAAUCGAAGGAUUUUUGCUAUUCCUACGAAGAUUUCGAUUUUAUAGUCGACUUCAUUUUACGGACUGGUUCAUUCUGCAACCCAUUUUCGGACCCUGGCGCUACACCGAUGCCUCUCUCAACGCAUACCAACGCACCUGUAUAUUCAUAUGCAAAGUGAUUAUUACGAUCACCGUCGUAUUCUGUUUUUACAGGAACAGUACUAUUUACAACAGAUACAAAUUCCAUAAAUACUUUAAAUUAUUAGAUAUAAAUGAUAUUUUAGCACUUUUCAUCGGCAGUUACAUGUUGGUGAUAUUUUUAAAUUUCUGCCUGGACCAUUUAUCACUACCCUAGAAUUAUUCAAGAAUUCAGCUGUGGGGCACAUACCAAUUUUUCUACGGAUCCUUAAUUAUUAAAGUUUAUAUAUUUCACUACACUGCUAUAAUUGGAGCUCUUUGAUAAACGAAAGAUUUUUUUCUGCAAAUUUGAUUAUUAGAUGGCCUCCAACUGUUAGUAUUUUAAUGACCUAUCAAAACUAUUCUCUGGUAUCUUAUCUAAAUAAAUAAAUUGCAAUUUAAAA